AAGAAGGUCGAGGGUGGUUUAUAAAAUUUGGAAGGCUCUCCAGUCAGCAAAAGCUCUUGCAUUCUACAGAGGAGGAGGCACCGAGGGAGAAACAUUUCUAGAGAGAGAAAGUGAGUGUUUUUUAGAGAGUGAGAGAAAGAGAUAUGUCUUCCUUUGACGAGUACGGCGAGGAGAUGAACGUGAACGCUUCAACUCGUCACUUCGUCGACGACCACCACGACGAUAACUUCACUGGCGGAAGCUUCGGAUCCGGAGCCUACUCCAGCUUCCCAGCCGCCGCAGGAGACUUCUCCGGAGGGUUUCCUGCAGAAGGUGAUGUCGCCGUCGACCACGCAUCUGCCUCGCCGGAGAUAUUUUCAUUCGACGAUCCAAACUCUGGCUACUCCCAGUCUCCGUACGAUCCGAUCCAUGUGGAGAACGGAAAUGGUUACGGCGUUGGUGACGAUGUUUUUGUCUCGGAUGGGCCCGUGCUCCCGCCGCCGAGUGAGAUGGAGCAUGAGGAAGGGUUCGCUCUUCGCGAAUGGAGGCGUCAAAAUGCCAUUCAACUUGAGGAGAAGGAGAAGAGGGAGAAAGAAAUGAGAAUCCAAAUUAUUAUAGAAGCUGAGGAGUAUAUGCAAGCUUUUUAUGAGAAAAGGAAGCUGAACGUUGAGAGUAACAAGGUGAACAACAGAGAAAGGGAAAAGUUAUACACUGCUAAUCAAGAGAAGUUUCAUAAAGACGCAGACAAACAGUACUGGAAAGCAAUAGCAGAGCUCGUUCCUCAUGAGAUCCCAAACAUUGAGAAGAAAAGAGGCAAGAAAGAUCAGGAAAAGAAGCCAUCAAUCACAGUUGUGCAGGGCCCAAAGCCUGGGAAACCCACUGAUCUUUCAAGGAUGCGCCAAAUACUGGUGAAGCUAAAACACACGCCUCCUCCCCACAUGAUAACUCCCCCAUCUGCACCUGCUAAGGAUGGCAAAGACGGGAAGGGAGUUAAAGAUGCCAAAAAUGGAAAAGACGCAUCUCCAAAUGCAACCGUAUCUGCAGCUGGAGGAGCGCCGGCUUUACCGACCAAAGAUGCUGCCUCUAAUGAUACUCCUCAAGCUUCCAAACAAGAAGUUGCUGCCGAGGAACAGUCUGCAGCAUAACCAUAGAAAUAUGAAGUGCUUUGGUCCGUACACGUUUUCUUUUCAUUUGUUGUACUCCGCCUUUGCUUCCUCUUCGUUUUGAAUAUGUUUUGUGUAAAAGUUGUGUCCAUUCUAUUCAGCUUUCAGUGGAACCCACUUUUUGGAUUGCUUGUUGCUUUGUUAUGAAUGGGAUUGGAAGUAGUCAUUGAUUUCACGGUAUUAUACCAUGUUACUAUUCUUUUUGUACCAACAUUAAAUAUAAAGGGUCAAAUGGAUUGUCGCAUACUCAUAA